AUGACUGCCAGAGCUGAAGCUGCGAUGGACGUGGAUGCCGAUAGCAAGUUGCCAGCAGCCCCUGCUGUAGCGUCCUCUGACGGCCGCAGCUCAGAGAAGGAGUGGAUUCUCGUCGAUGAUGCUGAGAAGACAGGAACGUCUGGUCUUGACCCUGAUGCCGAAUUGGAUCUCUGUUUCAUUUGCGACUGCACCGGCUCAAUGGGUCAAUACAUCAAGGCAGCACAGGACAAUAUCCAGUCCAUCGUCGCAAAGAUUUCGCAGAAGCAUGGUGCCAAGGUUCAGUUUGGCCUGAUCUGCUACCGCGACCACCCGCCUCAGGACAGGACCUACAUCACACAAUGCCAUCCUUUCACGACCGAUCUGGCCCAGAUGUCCCAGUAUGUCGACUCCAUGAAGGCCAGUGGCGGAGGCGACGGACCGGAAGCAGUGACUGCAGGUCUGUACGAUGCCUUGCAUUUACCCUGGCGGCCAAACUCGACGAAGAUUUGCGUCCUCAUCGCCGAUGCCCCGCCACAUGGGCUGGAGCCGGCUGGUGACGGCUUCCCCAAUGGUGACCCCCAUGGUCGCGACCCGCUUGACAUCCUCCGAAGCAUGGCAGCGCACGGCAUCACUGCGUACAGUGUUGGUUGCGAGCCGGCAUUGGGCAGCUAUGCCUACGCACGAGACUUUCUUUGCACCGUCGCGGAAAUCACUGGCGGCCAAGCUGCCGCGCUGCUGGCGGAUGUGAUCAUCAACGGAAGUGUGGAAGAGCUCGCUUUGGCCAAGCUGCAGCGAAAGGUCGAGGAGGAGGUGCUGAAGGUUCAAGUCCAAGAGCGCAGUGCUGGCCGCGAGAUCUCUACCGAAGAAGCAUCGACGAGGGCCUGUGAGAACCUCCGAGCUGGGGGCUUGCGAAGCAUGCAGAUGGAAACAGAUGGGCACAUGAAACAUGCAAACAGAGCUUGCUGGGGUUUGGACACUGAGAAACGAUCUCUCGCGCACGUCAAGGAGGCUCUCGGCAGGGAGGCUCCCCAGCAGCACAACGGCUACGGCGCGGGUAUCUUUGGAAAGCUUGGCAUGCCGGGAAUGGCCACCAGUGCUCCAGCACGAAGAGGUCGGGGUCCCCCUAUGGCCAUGUGCCCAUCUGCUGCCAUGCCAGCUUUUUCCGCACCUGCCGCUGCACCAGCAUCCACUUCCAACGUUCUUAAGGAAGAUCUCAUCUCCAGUGCUCAAGUGAGUCGUAUGGUGCAAAAAGCGAAAUGUCAGAGUCGACUCGCAUGA